CCUAAAUAUGAUUAAUUAAUGCCGUAAAAAGCCCCGGACACAAUUAAGAUUUAUGGACCAGCGAUGUAUACAGCACCGCAACCGUCCCGGGUGGGGCUGAGAAAGGACUGGGAGCCCCGAGAGGGAGCAGCCAGGCUCUGCCCGGUCUUCCGCACCGCCUUCACUGCCACCCUUGAGACGCAGCCCCUGGACUCACCUCUGGACCUGGAGUCCCUCUGUCUCUCUCCGCAACCCCUCCUGGUGACUGUCUCCAUCUCUGAGUCUGCAGCCCUGGGCGCCCGCCCUUCCUCUCCGGUCUGUCUCUCCCUGGCCCUCUGGGACUCCCGUUCCCUGAGUGUGUGGCGGGGAUUUGCGGUGCAGCUCUGCCAUCGUCUGCCUUUGCCUGAAGGUUGGCUAUGCAAGGGCUGCACCAGGAAGGCCCCGACAGAGAAGACACCAGGCACCCAGUGGGGGGACCCUGGAGCAUGUGGGGGCGCAAACCCAGCCGGGCUGCAAGCGCUGGACGGUUGUAAGUCCCAGAGCAGUGAGGGUGCUCCGAGAGGCCUGGAGAAGCGGGCACCCACCACUCCAUCACCGCCUGACGGAGGCACUGGGGCUGGAGCUGCCCCUGGCAGGAUGUGGCCACAAGGCCUGCACAGCUGGAUCAUGGGGCGGCACCUUGUCGGGGCGCCUGGGCCGUGGACACCCCCAGGCUGUGCUCCAGUCUUUCACUUAGCACCACUCCAGACUUGUACCCUGGUUCUUUCCCUUGUUAGCUUUGGCGCCUGGGACCGUGCACUGUCCUCCUCGGUGUCCUCGUCUACAAAGUGGGCAUGAGGACGGUGACUGCCUACUGAGUGAAGUAGUGCAUCUGACGGGCACAGCGCAGAGCUCGGCGUGCUGUCAGGCGCCACUACCACACUGCGCCCAGCAGCUAUUGAAUAAUGACCUGCUCUUGGGUUAGGAAGAAUGCUGUGGAGGUUAAGAGCCUGGGGUUUUAGACUCACACUGUCAAGAGUUUGAAUCCCGGAUUCGUCGCUUGACAGCCUCGUAGCCUUGGGAAAGUCAGCCUCUUCCGGACAGGGUUUCUGCUGCUACAGCAGGGAUAGUGGGCGUCCCUAGUUUCGGUCAUUGAGAGGGUGGCUUAGGGUGACCUAGCCAGAGUAGGAAUAUUACCAACAGGAGGGGUCGGUGGGGGCCCUGCGUGUUCAGCCGUAGACACCCUGCAGACCUCCUCGGUGGGCUGCAUCGCGCCCCGUCUCCUGCUGCCCUGUUCCACAGGGGCCUGACCUUCCUCCUGUGUGGGAUGAGGCCUCCCUUCAACUUCCCCAGCUGUCAGAACUCACCGUGCUGGCUGCUGCCUCCCAGGGUGGGGGACCAGGACUACUGCCCAGCCCCGGCCCCGGUUCAGAGAAGGUGACUCCCGAAGCUGCUGUCUUAGGCAGGGAGUGUCCAGGACCUUCCCCCACCCAGUCGCUCUUCGACUCCCUGACCCUUUUGUUCUCCCUCUUCCUCUGUCCCCUCUCCUACUCUCUCUCUUUCUCCCUCUCCUACUUCUGAGACAGCGUCUUGCUAUGCAGCCCAGGCUGGCCUCCAAGUCACAAUUCUCCUGGCCCAGGCUUCUGGGUGCUGUGACCACAGGCGUGCACCACCGGGCCUGGAUAGAAGGUGGUUCUUGAUUGUGCUCCUUGUAGGCAGCAGGGGCGACCAAUAAAAACUAGACACCCUCAUUCUGUCCAUUUGUUUUGCUAAGUGUUUGCUUGCUUGCUUUCAGCUCUCU